UUUAGUGCACGAUUAAAUUCAGAUCAUGUUUUGUGUACAUUGGAUACAGCCAACUUACGAAGGACACCGAUAAGUUCUGGUCCUUUUCUUCAGAAUUUACAAAGUACUUAAUAAUCCACCAUGGCAGACUCAGAAAGUGUUGCCACAUCGUCACAGGAUCCUCAGGACGAUCCUCUUCAUGAACACACAGAUGAUGAAUUACAGCAAUUGAUCGAGGAGUUGAACAUAGGGAACAAAGUUGUCCAGAAUGAGACCAUCAUGUUUGAGAAAUACCUCAAGCGAGUUGAGCCCAAUCUCACUGCAGCUGCAACGACAACGGCUGCCGCUCCUGCUCCGAGUCAGUCCACACACGAUGCCCGAGUGAUGCGCAAGAGGUCAAAGUCCAAAGGCAGUGGAGUAGACAAACAUUUGAAGCUUACCGCAGAGCAGAAAUGCGACAUAGCACAGCGCGAAAUUGAAGAGCUUCGAGAGGAGAUUGAUAAACUCAAAGAGGACACAGAGAAAAUCUUAGACACAUACAAGGCUGUGAUGGAAGAAGCAGACAUCCGACUCACAGAGUUAAAGAAGUCGUCCUACGAGUUUGAGCGAGACAUCCUGAAGGGGUCACUGAACUCCCGCACAGGGAGGGUUGUCGCUGAGAAAGUUGUGCGCUACUUUGAGGACAAACAACGAUCUAGAGAUGCCCUGAUCGAGAAACUGAGACUCAAGAAUUCAACGCUGAAGGUCCAGAAGAAGAAAUUGCACUUGCAGCUCAAACAGAAAGAAGAGAUGGGAGAGGUCCUUCAUGAGGUGGACUUUCAACAAUUGAAGAUUGAGAACAGUCAGUACCUGGAGAAGAUCGAUGAGCGUAAUCAGGAUCUUCUUAGACUGAAACUGAUGGCUGGGAACACACUCCAGGUUCUUAAUUCUUAUAAGAAAAAACUCCACACCCUUACACUAGAGUCAGACCGACUUAAGAGUGAAAUUGGCUCAAGGAAUGAGUUGCUGACAAGGAUUGACGUAGAAACAGAGACUGUGGAAGCGGAGCGUGCUAAGGCAGAGGAAUUGAAUCGGAGGUUGCGUCAGCAGCUUGGUGACUACAGGGUACCAGACGUUGUGGAAUAUGUCAAGGAGAAAGCUGACCUGUACGAGCUGGCUAAGACGGUUAAGAGCUGGGAGAGAAAAGUGGACAUUGCAGAGAUGGCGCUUAAGACUCAUCGUAAGACUUGGAACACAAUGAAGAUAAACAGUCAGCAGAAUUGGGCGUUAGAAACAUAGAUGCAGAAUUGGGCGUUAGAAACAUAGAUGCAGAAUUGGGCGUUAGAAACAUAGAUGCAGAAUUGGGCGUUAGAAACAUAGAUGCAGAAUUGGGCGUUAGAAACAUAGACGCAUAGUAAAACACAAAUGAGUCCCUCUGAAAAUAAUUGGCAGAGUCUGGUUAUUUUUCCAGAGAUGGAAAAGGAUGCUAUACUUUACUUACCUUAAUU